CUUCUUGUACAGGUUGUACUCUUGUGUAUAGCACAUUAAUAUUUUUUAAUACUAUUUAACACGUGCUAACUGCUAGUAGUAGUUGCAUUUUGCUCAUUAGUUUGAUUCGAUAAAGAAUUAAACCAAUAGUAUUUAUUAAAUAUUUGAUAUUUUUUUUUAUUUUAUUUAGGUAGCGAAACUUAUCAUGGUUGUAUUCACUUGUAAUAAUUGUGGUGAUUCAGUAAAUAAACCUAAAGUGGAUAAACACAUACAAUAUGAAUGCAAACGUAAGAAUUUUGCAGUUAGCUUCUGUUGCGUUGACUGCUUAAAGGAUUUUAAUUAUGAGACUGUAAGAGAUCAUUGUCAGUGUGUAACCGAAGAUCAGAGAUAUUCUGCAAAAGGCUAUGUACCUAAACCGUCAGCUGAAAAAGGAAAACGUAAACAAGCUGGUUGGGUUGACAUUGUCCAAUCAGUAAUGAAUAAUAAAGAUUUGCCUAAUGAACAGAGGCAAUUUUUGAAUAUUAUAGCCAAGUUUGAUAAUGUCCCUAGAAAAAAAAAUAAAUUCCAGAACUUUUGUUUUUCUACAGCUCCAGCUUAUAGAAGAAAAGGAUAUAUUAUUGAUCAAGUGUUUGAUAUGAUAGAAGCUGAGUAUAAAGCACAACUACCUCAGAAUUCAAAUGAAAAACCAGUUGAUAACAAAUCAAAUGACUUAGAGAAGAAUGAUUCAACUCAAAAAGAUUCUCAAGGAAUUAAAGAAAAAAUGAAUAUUGAAAAUGAUGAAAUAGUUACUCAAUUAAACGGUGAUAAUGAAACAGAGGAACCACCAAAAAAGAAAAAGAAAAAAAGUAAACAAUCUCUUGAUGCAGAUAAUAAUGAAACUGAAAAAAAAUUAAAAGAAAAUGUUGAACCACAAACAGCUAAAAAGCCUAAAAAAAAUAAAAAUAAUGAUUCAAUUCAAGAGUUACAAGAAAUAAAGGAAAACAAGAUCAUUGAUAGUGAAACUAUUGAAAAAUUAAAUAAUAAUAGUAAAAGUGAGGAAACACCAAAAAAGAAAAAAAAAUCUCUUAAUGCAGUAAAUAAUGAAACUGAAAUAAAAACAAAAGAAGAUGCUGAUAAAAACUCAACAGAAGCUCAGCCAAGCUCACUUAAAAAAUCUAAGAAAAAUAAAAUAAAAUCAGAUAUAGAAGUAAAUAAUGAUACAUCUCAUAAUGUUGUUUCUAAAACUGAAGUUAUAUGUAUAGAAAAUGGGGAAAAUGGAAUUCUUCACAAAACAUCAGAAUUAACAAUGAGUAAAAAAGAGAAAAAAGAAAUGAAAAAGAAAAUUAAGUACCAACAAGAAUUAGAAACUGUUUCUAAUGGAAUUAUAGAAUCAGAUAAAGAACCAAUAUUAAAAAAGAAAAAGAGGAAGUUAAUUAACAAUGAAGAGAAUGAAGAACCACAACAAAAAAUUAUAAAAACUGAGGAUGUUCCCCAAGUUCCAGCAGUACAGUCUGGGCGUAAAUUUGAAUGGAAUGAAGCUAUAAAUCAAGUAUUGCAAGCUAAAAAAAAUAAGCCAAUGUCAUUAAGUAAAGUAAUGAAACGAGUUAUGAGUGAAUUCCAUUCUUUGAACGAAACUACAAAGUCUGAAAAUGAUCUAGAGAAGAUAUUUUUGAAAAAAAUUAGGAAAAUGAAAAAUGUUAAGAUUGAAAAUGAUAAGGUAAAAUUAGUAGAAUGUUAAUUUAGUGUUUUGAUGAUUUUGUAUUUUACAUUUAACUGAUACUUCAAUUUAAGACUAUUAAUAAAUAACUAAAUUAUA